AUGGCACCCACCAAGAGAUCCCGGCGAGACGUUGAACAAGAGGACGAUGUCAUAGUAGAUGUACGAAAAGCGCGAUCUAACUUUUCAAGAGAAGAUACCAGAAAGCGUGCCAGAGUAACCGUAGACGACAGCCAGACCAGAGAAACACCCCAAAGAGAGAACACUCCGAGUGACCAGAGCGAAGAUGACGAAGACCGCAGAAAUAUGGCCGCGCCGCCGCAGACGCAGUACGAGAUCAUGCGAGACAACGGCUUCAAACAUCUGGAGCACGCUGACUGGGACGACCAGCAAGCGACCCAGAAGCUCGCCAAGCGGGUCAUCAACCUCGGCAACAAUGUGGUAUCUGAGAGUGGUAUCAUCGAGAGCAUUACCUGCUUCAACUUCAUGUGUCAUGAGCGAUUACAUGUCGACCUAGGGCCACUGAUCAACUUUAUUGUCGGAGAGAAUGGUAGUGGGAAGAGUGCUGUUCUAACCGCACUAACACUUUGUCUGGGUGGCAAGGCUAGCGAUACCAACCGAGGUGGAAGCCUCAAGUCCUUUGUCAAGGAGGGUUGCGAGCAGGGUAGCUUGGUAGUCAAGAUCAAGAAUGCCGGCUCAGAUGCCUACCAGCACGAUAUCUAUGGCGACACCAUCAUUGUUGAGCGCCAUUUCUCCAAAUCGGGAAGUAGUGGUUUCAAGAUCAAGAGCGCUCUUGGUAGAAUCAUCUCAACCAAGAAGCAGGAGGUAGAUGAGAUAUCAGAAUGGUACGCGCUACAAAUCGGCAAUCCCCUCACCGUUCUGUCACAGGACAACGCGCGACAGUUUCUCAACGCGGCGACUCCAGCCCAGAAGUACAAGUAUUUCGUGUCUGGUGUACAACUAGAGCAGUUAGACAACGACUACAGGAUGUCACAAGAUACGCUUGACAAGACCCUCAUACUCAGAGAUGAUUUAAAUGCCAAGAUCGAAGAGGUUAAAAAAGAGUCGGAAGCCGCACGCCGGCUAGCCGAAGCCGCGCAAAAAAACAAGAAUCUUCGCGAAAAGGCACGGCAUUACAUCAAUCAACUGGUCUGGUCUCAGGUCGUCGAGCAGGAACGUCUCCUCGAGGAUUGCGAAAAAGAAAUCACUAGACGGACUGAGAGCAUAACCGAGGCGGAAAAAAAAUGCGAAACAUCGACCCAGGCCCUCGAAAAUAUCAACGAGAGGAUUGAGAGGCUUUGGCAGGCAAAGGAAGAGAUUGAGAGUGAUCGAGAUACAUUCAAGGAACGCAUCGACAACGCCAGAGCUGCUUGCGAAAAGGCGCAAAAGGAGGAGUCAGAGCUGCUCAGAGAGGAAAGAGACGCCUACCAGCGCCUGAAGACAGCCAAAGAUGAUAUGAAGGCCUGCCAGCGCAAGAUCCAGGACGAAGAACACAGGCUAGGCGAAUCAACAGGAAAUGCCCGCACGCAAAAGGACAACGAGCUAGAAAAUGCUCGAAAGAGGGAACAGCUCUUGAAGGAACAGAUAGAGGAAAUUCAAAACAAGCUUCCUGACCUCACAACGCGACUCGGCGAGGCUGAGCAACACUUCAAGAGACUGUCACACAACAAAGAACUCAAACGCAAAGAGAUCGUGUCCGUGGAGCAGCGGGUUCGAGAACUCAAGGCCACUACUGGGGGUCGUUUCGACGGUUAUGACAGAGAGAUCAGGGACCUGGUCAAAGCCAUCGAGAAUGAGAGAGGAUGGGAACAGAAACCCGUCGGACCUAUUGGAGCGCAUAUCCGACUAUCAAAGCCGGAAUGGUCAGGGAUCCUAGAGCGAACACUAGGCGAAGGACUCAACGCGUUCGUUGUCAGGAGUAAAUCGGAUCAAACGAGACUCGCAAAUUUGAUGCGCCAAUUUCGCCUGAAGAGACAACCCCCAAUCUACAUUGCCUACGGAGGCAGGAUUGACACUAGCAACCAGGAGCCUGAUCCUCGAUUUGAUACUAUGUUGAGCGUUCUUCAGUUUGACGACGAUAUUGUCCGAUCGCAGCUCAUCAUUAGUAAUCAAAUCGAGAAAAUCAUUCUCAUCCGUGAUCGAGUCGAAGCUGAACGGGUCAUGGUUGAUGUGGCUCCGCGCAACGUGAGCGCUUGUCUCUGUUUUCACGAUGGUCGUGGGAAGCGGGGAUGGGGCCUCAGACUCACCAACCGGAAUGGAUCUACUGGUACGAGUCCAGUCCCACCGUACACGAUGCGCCCUAGGAUGCAAACAGAUGCUGGCCAGCAGGUUGAGAUCCAAGAAGAAAACCUCAAACACUUGGGUCAAGAAAUGGCUGAGAUCAAUCGCGACGAGCGUCAGGCUCAACAAGCAGUUCAGCGAUGCAGAACAGAGCUUGAUAAUCAACGCGGAAAUGUCAAGAGAUAUGAGGGCGAUCUUCGUAGAACGCAAGCUGACAUGGAACGUGUGCAAAUGGAGUUGGAUGCGUUCGAUGGCGUUGAUGACCGACUCAAUAUAUUGCGAGCUGAGCUUGAGUCCAGACGAUCCGAGGAGGAGCAGCUUGGAAAUCAGUAUGGAGAAAUGGGACUGGCGAAGCGAGAGCUCAAGCAAAAGGCCGAGACAGCCCGGCGAAAGCUUGAGGAGGAAAAGAACGAGCAAGAGGACUGGCAGAACCGAGUCGACAAAGCAGCGCAGAAGGUUGCGACAGCUGAAACCACGAGGAAGUCGCUUCUAGCGGAGAAGAAUGGUGCCUUUGAGAUGCUUGACAUCGCCAAAAACGAACGGCGUCGUGCCGAGGAAAAGAGGGAUAGGAAGGCCGAAGAAGUUGCCGACUUCACAGAACAGGCCAAGCAAACAGCACCGGAGCGAGUUCACAUUCCAGAUAACGAGACACACAGCAGCAUCGAGCAAAAAUACACGAAGAUCCGUGAACAAAUCAAACAGAGAGAGUCACGACUUGGAGCAUCAGACCAAGAGAUUUACGACCGCGCACAAGAAGCUCAAGAGAAAUUUGAAGAUGUUCAGAGACAGACGCAGGAUCUUGAUGAUACCAUCGUGGCUCUCAAACGUGCUAUUGGGAAUCGCCUUGAACUCUGGCGCAAAUUUCAGCGGGAGAUCAGUGCGCGAAUCCGCAUCCAGUUCAAUUACCUUCUCAGUGAGCGAGGUUUCCGUGGCAAAAUCGACCUCGACCAUAAAGCUCGCAAGGUCUUUCUCCAGAUUGAGCCAGAUGAGACGCGUAAAAGCUCAGCUGGAAGGAAUACGAAGACUCUAUCGGGUGGUGAAAAGUCGUUUUCAUCUAUUUGCAUGCUUCUAUCAGUUUGGGAGGCGAUUGGCUCGCCUAUCCGUUGUCUUGACGAGUUUGACGUCUUCAUGGACAAUGUGAAUCGUGCCAUCAGCACGAAUAUGCUGGUGGACGCUGCCCGUCGUUCAGUUUCGCGACAGUACAUUCUUAUAACCCCUAAUGCUAUCGAAGGUCGGGCAAGGUUAGACAAAGACGUCAAGAUCAUUCGGUUAACGGACCCUCGUCAACGAACCCUUGACAAUUUCCAGUAA